UUACGACAUGAUUUAUGAUCAGAGAAUAAAAACAUUACAAGCGAGUGUGAUAACUAUUAAAUAAUAUUCGAUAUAGGCAUACCACAUAUUUACUUAUGAAGCGAGAGCAGAAAAUGUAUACAGGAUCCAAAAAGUUCAAACAUGUAGAUAAGUUAACUAAUAUAAAUAAUAAAAUGUAGAUAAGUUAACUAAUAUAAAUAAUAAAAUGAACUUCUCCGGUCAACUGGCCGGGUAAAAAACUAGUUAUCAUGAUAGAAGAUCAGACUCUUAAAAAAAGAAAAGUCGAGGGAGUAGUACUUAUUAUGAGUUCAGAGCAAUUUGCGAGGCACUCAUUGCAGAUCGUUCGAAUUGUUUCCGCUCGUCCUUACUGCCACUCUAUCAAUUAUUACGAUAUCCACAAUUUCUUUACAUGGAUAAAUAUAUAAUAAAAAACUAGCUAGACCAACUACAUUUAUCGAAAAUGUGAAUUCUGCUGAUUAUAACAUUUUUCAAAAGUUCGAUCGAUAAUAGUUUUUCAAUCUAUGGAUUUUCAAGUUUUGUCAUAAUAAGAAUCCUCGUUCAUCUUCAAAUUCAAUCACCCAAGAAACUUCACUUCAUCAAAAACACACAUUGACCGGUCUUGAUCCCACUUGGAGAAGAUGACUCCACAUUGGUACACAAUGAGGCGUGAAACUAGUGAUGACGAAAAUGGAAAAAAGGAAGGUAAAAGGACAAAAGAAAAAGGAAGUGAUCACAAGUUGUAGAGCACUCAUGUGAUGAUGCAACAAGAACAUAUUUUUCUCAACUGGGUUUGGAUUACAGCUAAACACCAAGCAAGAUGGUGGAGAUGCUCAUUAUCAGAAAAGUCAAGAUUAACGAAAAAGAAAGACAGCAACACCAACAAAAUAUAUGCGCGUUAUGAACUGGUUUCGAUCGGGCCCCUUUACUAUGUAACAACAUGGGUAGUGAUGUUGUUUCAUUCAUACCCAAACAUACAUAAAAUAAAGAAGCCAAAAUAUGCAUGUUAUUAGUUAGAUAUAUAUCUUUCAUAAUCCUUUGACCUUCCAAAGAGAGACCAAGACCUAGAAAUGCGCUCAAAUAUUUCAACAAGGUAGUAGUGGUAGCUGGAUGCAUGGAGUUUGAUUUCUUUAGUUAAUCAAAAGCCAUCACGAUUAAGGGUCUAGAAGAGUUUGGUUUGACAUGGUCCUGAGUCCGGAUAGAUCCGAUCCAACAGUAAAUAAAAUUUGAGCAUCAUAACCGAAUCUGAAGUAUAUUUGGUCCGAUCCAAAUAUUAAUUUGUAUCGUGUCCUUUUUAAUAUUUAGAAAAUUUAUGCUAUUAAUGAUAAGACCGCGGUAUAUUCUAUCUGGAAAAAAAAAGGUUGAUUUGGUGCUCCUAUUGUUUCACACCCCCCUUAUCACAACAAUCAUCAUUCAUUGAGCUUAAUAAUUGGCUCUUCAUACUUUUCAAUUAUGGCUUUAUUGUGACACUAUGAGAUAUUAGGGUGGUGACCGUGUUUGAGUUAAGGCACGAAACAUAUUCGUAUUAGAAUGUAAGCUAGACUUCUUACGAUCAGUGAGACGAUUAGGCUGGAUUAUACUGUCUCACAUGUAAAAUCUAGUACAAAAAUAGCAAAGUGAGAUUUUCUAAAAUUUAUUGUGCAUUGUCGAGAUUGUGGAAAAUGUGUAUCCCUAACUUAUAUCUCAACUUGAGUUCAUAAUCGCUCGGCGAUACGCAAAUUUUACUAAAUCCAUCCUAUUAUGAUAUUAUAAAUGGUGAUUCAUAAAUGAAUUAUGUGACUUUUAGCUUGAAAUUAAUUGUCCCUAGCAAACAAGGAGUCCGUCACAUGCACACAAUAGGCAAGACAGAAGAAAACGAGUGUUCAUUGAACAAACCCAAGAAGACUAGCUAGCUAACUGAUGUAUCGAUAACGACAUUUCUUCUUCUCAAUUUCCCCUUAAACCUAAUUUUAAAUUAUCACAAGGGACCCAUAUUAGAGGGAGUGAUGUCAAUUUCAUAUCUGACUCGCACGAUUAGACAUGUCCCAACCUCAUUGGACCAGGUAUUAAUUACCUGAUCGAGAGUAAUAUAUUGCAGGACAUAUGUAUGGGUAUAAUUUCUAACUUAUCACGUCCCAUUUCAUCCGUUCUCGUUCCUUAUAUCAUUUUUUACAUCGAUAUCUAUAUGUAUUUCUCCUCAUUUAACAUUUCUAAAAUCAUAUUUUGAUUCCAAAGAAAUUUUAAGAUUAUUUUUCAACUAUUUACACUCAAAUAAUCAUUCUACUAUAUUUCUCAAUCAUUUAUGAAGUAUCUUCUCUUUGUGUUAUUGUAAUUUGUAACAGAGUUAAAUAAUAAUUUAUUUCUUUUCAAAUACUCAUAUAACAAUUGAUCGAUCUAUUAGACUCCGUACCCGCAUAAGUAUUACCCGACCUAACUUGUGCUUACUACUUAGACAAAUAUUGGUAUGGAGAAAUCUGAGCAGCCUUAUUACCAUCACUAAUUAGGGCGGCCAGCCUUUUCAAAUACUCAUCUCCCUCUGCUGCUUGCUUUCAUAAAUAAAAAUCAAGUGGGCCUGCAUGUCUUUGUGUAGUAUAUAAAUAUGUAAAUGACUAAACUCUAAUGGUUUUGGGCCCGUUUCUUAAUCCACGACAGGCUUAUCUUCUCGGCCCGCAUUGAAACCCUUCCAGUCUUCCAACCUAUUAGGCUUGCUAGCCACUGUCCCACACUGCAUUUUGCAGAAAUCACUGCCUUGACCAAUUUAUCUGUUCGGUUUUCGGCUUAACCUUUGGUUCUUUUCGAAGGGAUAAGGGCACAUAUGUCUUUGACAAGUACCAUCAUAGAAAACGUUAAUCUAUUUCAUUUCAUUUCAUUUCAUUCCAUUCAAUAUUUGACUGAGGUAGUCAAUACAUAUUUUGUACCAUUUCUUCUUAGCAUGAAAUGUAGCUUACACCAUCUAUUUAAGCCCUACUGUGUCGAUGCGAUCACAUCGAAUCAGACGAUCUUGAACAUUUGCGGCUCAGUCGUAUUAGGUGGCUGGCUGGCUGAUGGGCCCAUUUAGGCUUGUGCUUGGGCUCAUUUGUCAUUACCAAAAUUGGGCAUAGCCGCAUAGGUUUUUUUGAAUCAUCGGCAGAAAAUGGGGAGAGGCAGCCGGGUGGAUGGCAAAUUGGCAACAGAGUAUAUAGUAACGCAAAUGUGCAUCUGUCGUUAGAUAGCGCAGAUAUGGACAAACACGUAUAAAUAACAAGUACGACUCUUACUGCCUACUUUCUCCACAACUACUUCAACAGUGUCAGCCCCAUGAAUGAAUGCUCUGCUUGCACAACACAAAUCCCGCACACCCUUUCACCGCUCAAUUCUGUGCAAUGAGGACGGCGGCGGCGGCGGCAUCGUCUCAUUUGGUCACAUUGCCGUCAUGGCACGACAAGAGGCUUCAUAAUAAUCUGCACCCAGCUUGUUGUGUUAAGCUGCGGACGAAAGAUCAUCAUCAGGUGGUGGCGAUGAACAGAAACAAGGCAUCGAAAUUUGGGUGCAAUUCGACCACCAGAAGAAUUUGUCGACGUUGCAAUCGGCAGGUAGUGUUUAGUAAGGCUGGAGUGAGUUUGCAGGAAGGGUUUGGCUCGUUUCGAGAGGAUGAAGGGAGUUGGCAUAGUAGCUUGACAAGUGGUGUGGUGGAGAAAUUGGAGGCCUUUUACAGGUUCUCUCGUCCUCACACCGUCAUCGGCACCGUCAUCGGGAUAACGUCAGUAUCACUGCUUCCCUUGCAAACGAGCAGUGAGAUCUUUCCUGCGUUUGUGCUGGGUUUGAUCAAGGCAGUGGUGCCGUCUGUGUGCAUGAACAUCUACGUAGUGGGAUUGAACCAACUGUUUGAUGUGGAAAUUGACAAGGUAAACAAACCCACUCUGCCACUGGCUUCUGGUGAGUUCUCGAUGGCAACUGGGGUUACAAUUGUUGCUGCAUCUCUAAUCACAAGCUUUUACUUGGGCGUGAAAUUCCAGUCCCCUCCUCUUCUGGCUGCCUUGCUCAUUAGCUUUCUGCUUGGGAGUGCAUACUCUGUUGAACUUCCGCUUAUGAGAUGGAAGAGGCAUGCAUUUCUGGCAGCUAGUUGCAUCCUGAUCGUGAGGGCAGUCGUUGUCCAACUAGCUUUCUUCAUACACAUGCAGAAAUUCGUGCUUGGAAAACCAGUAGCCAUUACCAGAACCUUGGUGUUUGCGACUGCUUUCAUGUGCUUCUUCUCAGCUGUCAUUGCACUCUUCAAGGACAUACCUGACCUGGAUGGAGACAGGGACUUUGGAAUCCAAUCUUUUACUGUCAAGUUGGGACAAGAAAAAGUAUUCUGGGUAUGCGUCCAACUGCUGUUAGUAGCGUAUGGAGCUGGUGUGUUGAUGGGUUUUUCUUCACCAUGCCUAUCGAGCAAGAUAAUCACUGUUGCAGGCCAUAGUACACUUGCAGUGAUGUUGUGGUUGCAAGCACAAUCAGUGGAUCUCACCACCAACACUUCCAUUACUUCUUUUUACAUGUUCAUCUGGAAGUUGUUCUAUGCAGAGUACUUCCUCAUUCCUUUCAUACGUUGACGAGGAUCAAUAUCGUUAAAAUCCGAGAAAUGCAAUGCUUAUUGUCGAUGAUGGUCUAUGUUUUUUUAUAUUAGGGGCUUUGCUAGUUGUUGAGGAGGAAUUUGUAACUCUAAAUCCAGUAGUUUUAUCCCCAAUAUAAUUUUUGACAUACUUAUGGUAUUUUAAUGGUUUUAUUCUCGUCUCUUGAUUCACAUCUAAUGAACAAUUGUACACGGCAUGCAUAAUGUGGAGUAAUUAGAAGACUAAGAAGAUCUGAUAACUUAUCAUUUUAUUUGUGAUUAUCUCUUGAUUCAUAUUUAUUGAACAAUCGUACAUGGAUGGAUAAUGUGGAGUAACUAGAAGACUAAGAAGAUCUAAUAACUUAUCAUUCUAUUUAUGAUGUUUGUAAGACGGUCCAUACAAUUUAUCUCAUAACAAAUAACAGCGGAAAGAUCAAUUAUAUUCCCUAACGAAUUUUAUAUUAUAUAUUACGGAACAUUAUAUGUAAGUGGAUCCACAACAAACAACUUCAUAGCAU